UAGCGGAGGGGGAAACUGGCCGCACGGACAGAGCCGUCGGAUUGGGGCAGCAGCCGGCGAGUGGAUCCGGCAACUCCCAAGAAUCAGACGCAGGCGGACCGGCGGGUGCCGGGUGCUGGAAAACGAAGGCCAGGCUUUCCUCGCGGGUCUGUGAAGGUCAGCAGCUUCAGCGGGUGCCAGUCAGCUUUAAGAAAAAGUAGAAAUCACUCCUGACUGUACUGAAUAGCAAAAAUUAAGUGACUUUUCCUGUACUGCAAAUCAUGGCACUACCAUUCCGGAAGGACUUAGAAAAGUACAAGGACCUGGAUGAAGAUGAGCUCCUUGGAAAUCUAUCAGAAGUAGAACUGAAACAACUGGAAACUGUUCUCGAUGAUCUUGACCCUGAGAAUGCCCUUCUGCCUGCAGGGUUCCGGCAGAAGAACCAGACGUCAAAGUCCGCCACAGGGCCGUUUGAUAGAGAACACCUCCUUUCAUACCUGGAGAAGGAGGCAUUGGAGCAUAAGGACAGGGAAGACUAUGUGCCCUACACUGGAGAAAAAAAAGGGAAAAUAUUUAUCCCUAAACAGAAGCCUGUACAGACUUUCACAGAAGAAAAAGUAUCUCUGGACCCAGAAUUAGAAGAAGCUUUGACAAGUGCUUCUGAUACAGAAUUGUGUGACCUUGCAGCUAUCCUUGGGAUGCACAAUUUGAUAACGAAUGCACAGUUAUGUAAUAUAGUGGGAAGUAGUAAUGGUGUCGACCAAGAACAUUUCUCAAAUGUGGUGAAAGGUGAAAAGAUUCUUCCAGUAUUUGAUGAGCCACCAAAUCCAACCAAUGUUGAAGAGACUUUAAAGAGAAUUAAAGAAAAUGAUGUUCGUCUUGUUGAAGUCAAUUUGAAUAAUAUAAAGAAUAUCCCAAUUCCAACUCUAAAAGAUUUUGCAAAAGCUUUGGAAACCAACACACAUGUGAAAUAUUUCAGUCUUGCAGCCACCCGGAGCAAUGACCCUGUUGCUGCUGCUUUUGCAGAUAUGCUGAGAGUGAACAAAAAUUUGAAGAGCUUAAAUAUGGAGUCCAACUUUAUUACAGGAGCUGGGAUUCUAGCACUGAUUGAUGCUUUGAGAGAUAAUGAAACCCUGGCAGAGCUCAAGAUUGACAAUCAGAGGCAGCAGUUGGGGACAGCUGUGGAAUUGGAAAUCGCCAACAUGCUUGAGGAAAAUACAAAUAUCCUUAAAUUUGGUUAUCAGUUUACACAGCAGGGACCCCGAACCAGGGCAGCUAAUGCUAUAACAAAAAACAAUGACUUAGUUCGCAAAAGACGAGUUGAAGGAGACCACCAGUAAAUCCACCGAGAUAACAAUCUUUGGGAGACUUUAAAAGGUCACCAAGGGCUCAUGCUGGUGAUGUCAGAUGUAAAAUUUUCCUGGAUAGAAGGGAAAAGACUGGAAAUCUUUUUUUUUUUUUUAACUACAUGUAUCUUUUUUCUAGUUUACAUUGUUAUCAGUUUCAAAUUGCAAAAUCAAUAGUAGGUGAUAUUUUGUACUUUAUAACAUUAUUUCUUUCUGCUAAAAUCAGUUUUAAUUUAGCUUAAAUGGUUUGUAAGGAGUCAUGAGUUUAAAAAUGCAAUUGUAAAAAAAGUUUAGGAAAUCAUUUACAUAGAUAGUAUGAACAUUUUAAGGACCGAUCUUUUUUAAAUCAAAAAGGGACAUUACUGCCAUUAGAAUUGCUAUUGUACCUGUUAGGUACAAGACAUUCACAGCUUUCCUUACUCCAUCACAUGGAGCCCUUUCCUGUUUUAGAAUACAUGAACUUGGCAAGAGUGUGCUUUUUGCUUCUAUCAAGAAAGCAAGAUACCAGAGUUUUAAAACGACUCCAAAUCUGGUCAUCGGCUGAGAAAUAAAAGCCGGUCUGUUGGGGAGAGAAAGGGGCCUUCUGCACAUUCCUGGUCACCGCACUUGUCCACUGUGUCACCAACACCAGGACUUGUUUCAACAAAGUCAUCAGCUUGGCCAGGCUAGUACUUUGUUUAAAAGGACAGUUAUGGCUAAAUUCACUAUAGUUUUUUAUUUCAAUAAUGUGGGCAUUACUAAAUUUUUGUGAAAGCUCAUAGUAAAAAGCAUCGAAGUAGACAAGCUGUUUUCUUCCCUGUAAAAGGCAUACAUAUAGUCAACUCUUGGUUAUUUAGGAUAAUAAAAAAGAAGGCGGUUAUUAAACACAUGACAUCGAAGAUAACAAACAUGAUGGAAUUUAAGUCUGAGGCACAUGCCAAAUAGUCACUUAAACUGAUGCUUACUGUAAAUUAGAAACUGGCAUGUGUAUAAAUUGUGGCACAGUAUCGUGAAAGUUUGUGUGUGCACUGCAGAAUUACAACAACAAUACUGAAUUGGCAUUCCACGAAUUUUCCAACCAGUAGGGAAAACUGUUCUUCAUCCAUCCACUUUUU